ACACCACACACACACACACACACACACACACACACACACACACACACACACACACACACACACACACACACACACACACACACAUGAUUACCUGAUCACACAAUCAAUCAUCACACAAUCUGCCCUAGGUUGGCACUUACCAUCAAUUGCUCAUUGCUCCAUCUCGUCACGUCCCCACGGCUGAAAACCUCUUCUUGUCUCUUUCAUCAGAAAUAGUUCAGGCGCAUGCCAAGUGGCUGCCUGACAUUUAGAAGCCCUCAUGAGCGCAGUGAUUCGGUCACCAAGAGUAAUUGUUUACAGGCCUUUGGGUUUCUGGCUCUUCAGGGGAUUAACCUUGCAGGGUUCGUGUGUACGUUGACGUUGGAGUUGGAGUCGGAGUUCGGAUGGUGAGUUAUGCAUUCUCUGCUGGACCAGGAGUACCGAGUAGUCCUAACACUGUCCGCAUACAUAAUACAGCACAGUGCUGGUGUUACGACUAAACUGCUCAUCACCGACCAUACCUUGAUCACUUACAUGCCACAGAGUGGAAUAUAGACCAAGUGCAACCUGAAGUAAAAGCUGAGGAAGGCAUUGGUCUAUUCUAGGCGCUGUACAAUGCCGCAAAAUGGGCGUGUGUCGCGUAUCACCAUGUGCAUGACGUGUGCAUCUUUUUCGCGCAUGGAUCGCUAAGCUGUGGGCAGUUACUUGUUUCCAGUUUGGUGUCCAUGGAAUAGCUGAUUGCUAUAUCUAGAGCUCUUUGUCGGAGUAGAGAUUACUGCGUGUGACCUGUUUGUCAGGCUGAUGUAACACUUCUGUGUUGCUUAUAAGCUUAGCCAUUGUUCGCAUGCCAGGAUGGCUGUCCUUCGCAGGACAAGGAGAACAAGUUUCUUCCUGACCUACACCAUGUCUUCGAGAGGUAUAAGCAAUUAUGUUCCCUUGCCAAGUCGUUAUCUAUCUAUACUGUGUGUGCUGGCGACUGUCAUAUACACAACCGCAAGUCCUACCUUAUACGGAGGUAACACAGGGAAAGAAGGUCCGUCAACUUCAAGAAAAGGCACUGGAGAUACUAUUGCAAAUAGCCCUGUGUCUGUGAUGGAAGGCAGUGUCCUUAGCGCUGAAGCAAUUCUGAACCAAGUCAACAAUGCAAUGCUCGCGGAAGAAGCGACUGCGAAAGGGUAUUUGCAUCAUCGCUCGAGUCGGCAAGCUUCCAGGGAGACUAGUCAAACCCAUGAGCAAGAAACUCGACAUGGAUACAAACUGGAGACUUUUCAUGACGAACGAUUUUAUGAUGACAGUGGGGCAGAGCUGACGUAUGGAUUGUAUUUCAACGUCACGGGUCGACUACCGAAGCACAUCAGAAUACACUAUGCUGUACUAACACUUCUUGUGCAUUGUCGCUCCGGCGAAGAGACCUUCUACGGACGGUCUGAGAAUUCGACUGCACCAGCAAUUGUUCGCGUACGUCUUCUAAAAGAGCAGAGUGAUUCGGUUAUUCGAGCUGUGCCACUGCAUUGCCCCAGUUCUGAGGCACAGUGGCUACGGUUGGUGGUCACACCUUUCAUCGAGCACUGGAUGAAAGGCAAUACCGAGGAACCGAUGUGCAUUUCUUCAACGCCACUACUCUGGCCCAGUACCUGUCUAUUCCUUAACCAUUCGGAACGCAGGGCGGCCACCCUGAGCAUAAUCUACGAAGUGGCAGAAGUGUCUUCGUGUUCGUACGUCGAUCCAAUCCUUUCUAGCAACGAGGAUGUGAGCGAUGCUGCUCGGGAGCAGACGUGUUGUCGUGUGCCGUACUACAUAGAUUUCAAGGAUACAAUUCUAGGUGAUGAUAUCGUGUUUCCAGCUGGAUAUAAUGCAUAUGCAUGCCAGGGCUGGUGUCCUAGGAGCGAAUUACGUCGUCAUCGUCGGAGAAAGAAGUCCAUCAUCAUGCCACAGAGCAACGCAGUGAAAGCGGAGGUAAUGAGCUGGAUGUCGUCUGUUCAUCCGCAGUGCCAGCCGCUGUCCUUCGCGCCAGUGUUUAUCAUGGUGCGCCACAACCAGCCCUACCCGGAGAUCACACAUGUGCCAGAUUCUAUUGUACUCUCGUGUGGAUGUAAGUCCGGGUGAUACCAACAAGACGGACUACACCACCCUGACUUGUCUCAAUUGUUGUUUUGCCUGCUGAUGUCAGUAUGCAUUCCCCACAGGCUACAUUCAUAUUUUUAAUUCAUACUGCUGCCACUGUGUUCCGUGGAACAUUGACCAUAAGAAGAAUCCUGCUGGAUGCCAACUCAAGAGCGCAGCUGAAUACAUGUACAACUUAUGCUUGAUUUACAUACACUACACACGACCUCAUUCACUAUUCACGCUGGCGUAUUCUACUACAGUACCUUGACCUCAUGCAUUAUGACAUCUGUCCUACUUCAUUGUCCAAUUACUUUCAAGUUUUUCUAAGUUUUACUUCAACUUACUUCAAAAGACAAGUUAGAAAAAGGACAACACUUCAGGUUCAACAUUUUGAAAAUUUCUAAGUUUUAUAGCA